UGGAGAUACUUAUACAUACAUACAGAGCCAAUACUAGGACUUAUCAAGUCUGAUUAUUUGUCAGACUAUGAUACACAGCUUGAAAUACAACGUUCUGAUCCAAACUCUCCCCUCUACUCUGUAAAGACAUUUGAAGAGCUUCAAUUGAAGCCAGAGAUAUUGCAAGGUGUCUAUUCAAUGGGAUUCAACAAGCCUUCAAAGAUACAAGAGGCAUCACUACCUGUUAUAAUCAAUCAAAGACAAAACUUGGUCGCUCAGUCACAAUCUGGAACGGGCAAGACAGCCGCAUUCACAUUGGGCAUGCUUAAUACUAUUGAAGCUGGAUUGCAGGUUCCACAAGUGUUGUGUAUCUGUCCCACAUUGGAGCUUGCAAUGCAGGUCCAUGCAGUAGUCUGUGCAUUGGCGAAGCAUUCCAACAUUCAGCCAUUUUUGGCCAUCAAAGAUGUUAGAUUGCCAAAGGGACCAUUGACGAACCAACUCAUUGUUGGAACAACAGGCAAGGUGGAGGACCUGCUGAAGAAACGAAUUAUCCAAGCAAAGUUUAUUAGGAUGCUGGUGUUGGAUGAAGCCGAUCACAUGGUGGACACACGUGGAAUGUACGGCCAGACAAAGGCCAUCAAGUCAUUGCUACUACCAACAGUACAAGUCCUAUUGUUCUCUGCCACAUUCAGUAUUGGCGUGGAGAAGUACAUCAAAGAGUUUGUUCCAGAGCCAUACGUAUCUAUUCGUCUCAAGCGUGAUCAACUCAGCGUUGACAAGAUACGACAGUUCUAUGUACCAUGCGACUCCAUUCAGAACAAGCCACUCAUCCUAUGUGAUCUCUACUCAUACAUUAGUGUUGGCCAGAGUAUAGUCUUUGCCCAUACUGUUAAGACGGCGGAGGCAUUGUAUCAUAGGAUGACACAGGAAGGAUUCAGUGUGACGAUAUUGACCGGCAGGAUGGAGAGUAAUAACAGGUUCAAGGAGAUUGACAACUUCAGACAGGGCAAGACAAAGGUCCUGAUCACGACCAAUGUACUGGCGCGUGGAAUUGAUAUCCUUCAAGUAUCGCUGGUGAUCAAUUAUGAUGUGCCACUGGACCCCAAGCAAACACCUGAUCCAGUGACCUAUCUCCACCGUGUGGGCCGUGUUGGCAGGUUUGGCCGCUCGGGCAUUGCCAUCACCUUUUGUGACAGUGACCUUGACGUCAGGCGUGUGCAAGCCAUCGCCAAACAUCUCGAGAGGGAUAUACCUGAGCUCAAACGAGAUGAUCUCGAAUCACUGGAUGCAAUGUUGCGUGGUUUGAAAGAUCUCACGCCACUAACAUCAUUAUCAACAUCAACAUUAACAUCAUCUCCAUCAACAUCAUUAUCCCAAGGAACAACAACAUCACAACAAUCAACAUCAACAACAACAUCACAAUCAUCAAUAGGAACCGGAGAACCACCAUCAACUUUAUAUAAUAGG